GAUCCGCGCCCGCCCCGCUCUGUGCGGUGGAUGCUCAUCCCGGGAUGCGGCGGGACCGUCGCUCGGAGCGCUGCGCGGAGCCACGGACCGGGGGCUGCUCCCGGCGCUGCGCGGAGCUCGAGGCGCUGAGUGCACAGAAUAUCCUGAGUGUGAAGGGACACAGAAGGAACACCGAGUUGAACCCUUAUGUGAAUGGCUCAUCUGGGGAUGGAACCCACAACCUGGGCAUCUUCAGCACCCUGCUCCAACCGAGCCAAUCUCAGGUUACAGCAAUGCCCUGCCUGGGAUGGGAAUGCCGAGUGCCAGCGAGGGAAUUCCUGUGCCAAUGCAGCUCCUUCCUUUAUGCCGAUAUUGCUUCACACACCAGCCCCUGGAAUGGCCAUAGGGCAGAGCUCCGUGGCUGGUACCUGACCAUGGAACAACACAGGUGCUUGUGCCGCGUCCCUUUCCAGGGAGAAAUGAUCAAGACAAGCCCUGAGGGUUCCCUUGGUCCGUGGCCGAAGUUCUUCCGGAGAGUGCCAGGGCCGGUCCCGCCUGCAGAGGGGCGUUUCCUGCGGGGGAGGAGCCGUGCCUCGGUGUCCCGCCCGUGGCGCGCAGCGUGCCCCACGCACGGCCCGGGGACGGGCGCUGGGAUGCCCGGGCAGCGCCGGGAUGGACACGGAUCGGGGGCUGCUCUGAACGGGCCCCCGGAGACGCUGCGGCCCGGACAGAGCCCGCUGACGUCCCAAAACCAGCCCGAGUGUGAUUAGUCUAUUACACGAGGAACGGCUGGCAGCGCCUGGGAAUGUCGGCACGUUGGGUCUGCAGAGGAGCUCAGACAGCAAUUCCCGGUGCCGAGCUCCUGGGGCUCCCACACCCCCACCAGGUAUGUCCCAGCCAGCCCCAAUCCCUUCCCUUCCAGCCUGGGGCCAUCCUCCAUCAGCAGCGUUAAAGCCGAGGGAAUUUCCCUCACAGAAACUGAAUCCCGAGCAAUGCCCUCGGAGGUGCCUUAAAAUAAAAGGUCAGAGGUGGAUGAAGUUUUGUUUGGGUUAAGUUUGGAGUUUUCCAGGGAGCCAGCUGGAACUGCAGAACUGAGGGCCAGCUUUCACAGGUGGCUCACACUGCAGGUGCCCUGAAGGCAGGGAUGUGCAUCCCUUUCCUCAGGGAGAAGAGCUCCCAGAGGCCCCUCCCGAGGCUCUGGAAUGAGCUCAGCUCCUGCAGGGAGAGAUCUCCUCCCCUGGGCACAGGAGCUGCCUCAGCAGGGGCCGGGAGCGCGUCCGGCCAGCGCCUUCUCCUGCUUGGAAACAUCGACCGCAGCCCGAGCUCGGGGGGAAUCUGCUGAAUUCCAGGGAACUCUGGCAAGAGCCCCCCAGGGACAUGGCUGGGGAUGAGGGCUACAAACAGCAAAUUUUGUGUAACAUCAGCCUGUCCUUAUCCCUUCCUCUUGAGCUUCCUGGAACCUCUGCUGGUUCCUGGCACAGCUGGUGUUAAAUAGGCAGCUCUGCAUGGGAAUAUCCAGGCUCCAGGAGGCACUGUGAGCUUGUUCCAGCAGGAAUUCAGGGCUAUAGCUAUAAUAAUGAAUCUAAACAGCAAGGCUGAACCCCAAAUCUGGGCCCCACACUGGGAACAAUCUUUGUGCUGCCCUGUCAGCCAAAGCCCCAUGGCUGGGAAAUUUCAGCAGCCAAAGGUAUGGAAUUAUCUAAAUCCCAGCAGCCAGUGUUUUGUUCUCUAUAUAUUACCUGGUUUUAAAACCCAAAACCACAUGGUUUUGUAUGUCUCAUCCACUAAAUUCUAUUCCUUACAAAUUACAUCAGGUAUUUUUUCCAAAAUACUUCUACAGAUUAUUUCAAGCUUUACCCCCAAGGUCUUCCCAACCUGUCCACUACUCGUUACCUCAUUUUUACAUCAAAAUACUAAUUCUCCAUCCUGGAGAAAAUAUCAGUUUCUACACCCAAAACUUACAUUACCUGUCCAUGAGCGAUUGCCUCAGUUUACCUCAUGAUGUUCAUUCUCUUCCCUGGGGAAUUUUUCACCUUGCCCCCCCAAAUUUUCCCUGUCUGUCCCCUUCUGAUUUCCUCAUUUUUUACAAGAAAGCAUUCUUUCUCCACUCUGGAGAUUGCCACAAGCUUUACUCCCAAAAUAUUCCCUACCUGUUCACUACCUAUUACCCCAUUUCCACCUCAGUAUUUUCACUCUUUAUGCUAUGGAUGCUUUCAAUUUUUACCCCCCAAUCAUUUCCCUACCUGUCCAUAAUUGAUUACCUCAGUUUGGCCCAUGAAGUGCAUCCCCUCUGCUACAGAUCACCUCAGAUUUUACCCCUGAAAUUUUCCCUGCCUCUCCACCUCUGAGUACCUCAUUUUUUUACCUCAAAAUAUUCAUUUUCUACCAUGGAGAUUCCCUCAAGUUUUAUCCACAAGAUUUCCCCACCUGUCCACAGCAAUUCCCUCAGUUUACCUCAGGAUGUUCCUGCUCUCUCCUAGAGAUAAUCUCACAUUUUAGCCCCUUAAUUUUCCCUACCUACUCAAUACUGAUUACCUCCUUUUUACCUCAAAACAUCAAUUGUUUCCUCUAGAGGUUAACUCAGAUUUUAUUACCAAAAUUUCCAUUUUGUCCCCUGUAUGCUAACCAGAUUUUAAAACCAAAACCACACAGGUUAUGUCUCUUAUCCCCAAAAUGUUCAUUCUGUCCUCUGCAAAUUACAUCAGAUUUUUUCCCAAAAACACUUACUGUUCCACAUAAUUACCUCAGGGUUUGCCCCCCCAAUUCUUCCCAAUGUUGAAUAUUGAUCACUUCAUUUCUACCUCAAUAUGUUCAUUUUCUGCCCUAUAGAUGUUCCCAAGUUUUACCCCCAAAAUUUCCUUGCUUACCCCCAGUGGCUGCCUCAGUUAGUCAGUGUUCCCUCUCCCUAGAGACUACCUUGUUUUACCCCCAAAAUUUUCCUUAGUUGUCCACAACUUAUGACCUCAUUUUUACCUAAAAUAUUUCUCAACCUUUAGAUUUUUUCAAGUUUCCCCCCCCCAAAUUCCCUUACCUGUCCACUACUGAUUCCCUCAUUUUUGCUUCAAUAGUGUUUACUUUCUACCAUGUAGCUUUUGUCAAGAUUUACCCCCAAAACUGUCCAUCUCUACCUAAUUUUUACUUCAAAAUGAUCACUCUACAGAUUGUUUCACGUAAUAUUUCCCCACCUGCCCACAUCUGAUUCCCUCACGUUACCUCAGGAUGUUCAUGCUCUCCUCUAGAGAUUAGCUCAGAUUUAGCCCCCAAGUUUUCCCUCCAUGCUCAGUACUCAUCACCCUAUUCUUCAUUCAAAGUGUUCAUUCUCUACUCUUGAGAUUUUGGCAAAUUUUUUCUCCAAAAUUUUCCUUACUUAUCUACUACUGAGAACCUCAUUUUACUCCAAAAUAUUCAUUCUGUCCCCUACAGAUUACAUCAAGUUUUAUCCCCAAAAUUUUCCUUCUGGUACAACAUGGAUUAACUCUUUUCUACUCCAAAAUGUGCAUUUUCUCCCCUAAACAUCACCUCAGCUUUUCCCUCAAAAAUGCCACCUCGCUCCCCUCAACAUCCCCUCACAUUUUCCUACACACACAGUUCUUGUGUCCCCUCUCAAUUGCCCCAGGUUUUCAGCUAAAAUUGUCACCUCUGUCCCCUCUAACUUAGCCCAGGCUUUCCCAGUGAGGAGCUGCAAGGAAUUCAGGCAAAUGACAGCAGGGAACAGCUGUAAAUUCAAAGGCAGAAAGAGAAGAUCUACUGGGAAAGGCUUCAGAAAACAUUUCUGCAGUUAAUAAUUAAUAAUUAUUUCCAGUUCCCCAGUGAGAAGAACAUGAACUCACAGACAUUCAGGCCUGGCAGUCCCCUGCAGCGAGAGCUCAGCGCACAUCCAGAGAGGCAAUUCCAGCAUCUGAAAGAAAGGAAGAAGAAGAAGAAGGUGAUUUCUUCUGAUUCAAAGUUAUUUCAAGUUCUCAGACCCAAACCACCCUUUGCUCUUGCUCUUGGCCGGGUGAAUCCUGAGCAGUGGGCACAGGUCUGGUCAUUCAUGCUGAUGGGAGCGACGCUUUCUGGGGGAAAUCCGCUCAUUUCCAAAGUUCACUGCCUGCCCCUGCCUGAUCUGCGCGGCAGAAAACCUCUUCCAUGAAGGGAUUUUGCUCCAUCUAAUCCCACCUGCCCAGGCUGUUCCAUGUGGAUGGGACAGGCUGGGGCAGCACAGGCAGACACAGCUCUCGGCGCUCCCUGCUCCAAACACAGCCCUGGGCUCCUCUGCAAACUGCCUCUGCCAGGAGGUUUUCUCCAGGAGAGCUCCAGGACUGGCUCAUGGCAGGGGGGAGAUGAAGUUAUCACAAAGGGAAGUAAAGGAUAAAUACUCCUGUAGGAGCCUUUGGGAUCUGCUGGGCUGAGCUGGGAAGGGGACAUUCAUUCCCUGCAGUGCAAAUGCAGAACCGCCUCCAGCACGCAGCAAACGCUGUCAGGUGGGCUCUGAAAGCAGCACUGUGACAAACCUCACCGUCACUCUUCCCUUCAGGGACUUUUGCAAUCGGUCUCUGAAGCUGACCAGCCCCAGAGCUCUGUGCAGCUGCUCUGGAGCAAAAGGAUCCUCCCGGGGCUGAGGCCCAUUCCCAGCCAUCGCUCCCACGGCGGCCCAGAGGCACCACUGGAGCUCGUGUGUGGGGCUGGCAAGGGCUGCAGGAGGACACAGCCCCAGCUGGGGCGGCAGCGGCAGCGGCAGCAGCAAUUCCCAGGCCCUGGCACGGCAGAGCCAAAGGCCGGCGCUGCCGCGGGAGGCGCGGGUUUCGUUCCGCUCCCUGUGCUGCCGCGGCCCGGCAGGAAAUCUCCAGGGGGGCAGAAACUCUCAGGGGACACAAAAUGCAGCAUCUGUCACCCUGGUCCUGGCUGAACUCAGCGUGUGGGGCCACCCCCCACAGGUAAGCACUGACCUGAGCCGGAUCAGCCUCAAACACCGCCCCAGUUGUCACCUCCUGGCCGCUCCUGGGCUGCCGCCGCAUCCCUGCCAAGGUGCCAAAGGCCAAACCUUCGAUGGCACGAGCACAGGCACAUCACUCCAUCCAGUUCCUCCCCUUGCUCCAAAUCCUCCCAAAGUGCCUGCCCCGAGGCUGUCACCCAGCCCUGCAGCAUCCAGACCUGCAAUCCAGGAAGUCUGAAUGCUGGAGUCUGGCACUUGUCCCUCUUCAGUGUUAU